CCGAUUAUAUUCUCAAGGGAUCCGCAUUAGAUUAGCCACGACCGCUUUCCACUUUCGUCUUCGAAAGACUUCUCUCUCUAAAGAUUUCACACAAACAAACAAAACCUCAUUAGCAAAUCCAUUUUCAUUCCGAUCCGAAUUCUGAAAAUAAAACAAAACCAGAAAAACAUAUUAUUAGGGUUUCAUAUCAUCAUUGGUUUCUAGAAUCAUUCUUCUCUUCUCUAUACUGUUACAAUUUAAUACUAGAAGCUCCAGAAAAAUUGGGGGAUUUAAAUUGGUGAUGGGGUUAAAUUUGAUCCCACACCGAUUAAAUUUUUGUGAAAUUAAAUUGUAAUUAUAAUGAAAGAUAAUAGUAAUUCAUUCAGUUCAAAUAUAUUAGUAAUGGCAGCUCCAAGGAAUGUAAUUAAUGACGGUGGAAGACCACAAAGAGAUGAAGAAAAUCUGCUGUUAAAUGAAGAUUCACCGACUAGUAAGAAACCAAUUGGGGCGAAACUAGAAGGGAAAUUUCCAUUAACAAGAUGGGAAUUAGCUGCUGCCAUUAGUGUUUUUCUGGUUUUCUCGAUUGGUCUCAUAUCUAUUUAUUUAACUAUGCCUCCUGCUCAAUAUGUUAAUAUUAAAUUACCUCGCUCCAUCUCAGAUCUUCGAAUUCUCAAAGAUCAUCUUGGAGCAUAUGCAAAUGAGUACAAAGCUCAAUUUAUCCUAGGUUAUUGUUCUACUUACAUCUUCAUGCAAACUUUCAUGAUUCCUGGAACCAUAUUCAUGUCAUUGUUAGCUGGGGCUCUGUUUGGUGUUCUUAGAGGCUUGCUCUUGGUUGUCUGUAAUGCCACUGCUGGGGCAUCAUCCUGCUAUUUUCUGUCUAAACUAGUUGGGAGGCCUCUUGUCAACUGGCUAUGGCCUGAAAAGUUAAGAUUUUUCCAAGCAGAGAUAGCUAAACGCAAAGACAAGCUGCUGAAUUACAUGCUUUUUUUGAGGAUUACUCCAACCCUUCCCAACACAUUUAUCAAUGUGGCUUCUCCAAUAGUGGAUAUACCUUUCCAUGUGUUCUUUCUGGCAACAUUAGUUGGUCUUCUGCCAGCAUCUUAUAUAACCGUCAGGGCUGGCCUUGCUCUGGGGGAUCUUAAGUCUGUUAGGGACCUAUACGAUUUUAAGACUCUGGGUGUGCUGUUUCUUAUUGGAUUUGUUUCCAUAGCUCCAACCAUUCUUAAGAGGAAGCGAACAUAUGAGUAGAACAUUUUGUGUCAGUUCAUGACGAUAAGAUUCAAAAGAAGCAACAGUAUAACUUCCUGGUUAGAUACUAUAGUUGUACGGUCUCCUGCGACCGACAGAACACCAUAGACGAGCCUUCCUUUAGGUAUCCUGUUAAAUUUUUUGUCCUGCCGCAAAUUGGUCAUCGUAAUGUGGGUCUUUUGGGCUCACCGUGCUUUAAGUUUAAAUCAUUUUUUUAUAAUGUUUUUUUUUUUUGACAUUUGGGAGGUUGAAGAAAUUUAACAUGGCAGGCCGGGGAAGAUAAAACUAUAUGUUUCCGGUUUACAAAUAUUAAUUUAUUAUAAGAUGAUAAUUUUUCUUUACCA